GGAGACCGAGGGGCAAAGAGUCAUGGCUUCCGAUGCCAGCCACGCGCUGGAAGCCGCUCUGGAGCAAAUGGACGGGAUCAUCGCAGGCACUCAGACAGGUGCAGAUACCAAUGACGGUGGCUGUGAGCCUGCGCGAGCCUCUCCGGCUUCCCACACAAACCCCUUUCCAGUGCUCCAUCUCGUUGAGGACUUGAAACUGGCCCUGGAGAUGCUGGAGCAACCCCAGGAGAGAGCAGCCCUCCUGAGCCAGAUCCCGGGCCCCACAGCUGCCUACAUAAAGGAGAGCUUGGUGAGUGGGACUUCCCAGGUAAAUCACCAAGGUGCUGCUAAUAAUGAAACGUACCAGGAACGCUUGGCACGUCUAGAAGGAGAUAAGGAGUCCCUCAUUUUACAGGUGAGUGUCCUCACAGACCAAGUGGAAGCCCAAGGAGAGAAGAUCCGGGACCUGGAAGUGUGUCUGGAAGGACACCAGGUGAAACUCAAUGCUGCUGAAGAGAUGCUUCAGCAGGAGCUGCUAAGCCGCACAUCUCUUGAGACCCAGAAGCUCGAUCUGAUGACUGAAGUUUCUGAGCUGAAGCUCAAGCUGGUUGGCAUGGAGAAGGAGCAGAGAGAGCAGGAGGAGAAGCAGAGAAAAGCAGAGGAGUUACUGCAAGAGCUCAGGCACCUCAAAAUCAAGGUGGAAGAAUUGGAGAAUGAACGGAAUCAGUAUGAAUGGAAGCUGAAGGCCACUAAGGCUGAGGUGGCCCAGCUGCAAGAGCAGGUGGCCCUGAAGGCUGCCGAAAUCGAGCGUCUGCACAGCCAGCUCUCCCGGACUGCGGCCCUCCACAGUGACCAUGCAGAGAAAGACCAAGAAAUUCAACGUCUGAAAAUGGGGAUGGAAACUUUGCUUGUUGCCAAUGAAGAUAAGGACCGUCGGAUAGAGGAGCUCACGGGGCUGCUAAACCAGUACCGAAGGGCGAAGGAGAUGAUGAUGGCAACACAAGGGCCUUCGGAAAGAACUCUCUUAAUCAAUGAAGAAGAACUCGAGGGAAGUUUCAGGAAGUGGAACAGUGCGAAUAAAGGCCCUGAAGAAUUCUUUAAACCAGAGAUGCCUCCAAGAUGUAACUCUCCCGCCGUGGGGCCGCCUCCUCUACCACAGAAAUCACUGGAAACCAGAGCUCAGAAAAAACUCUCAUGUAGCCUAGAAGACCUAAGAAGUGAACCUGUGGACAAGUGUGUCAACGGGAACCAGCUCUCCCCUGGGGUGGAAACCAAGGACAGCCCUUUCCUGGUGGAGCACAAAUACCCCACGUUACCUGGGAAGCUUUCAGGAGCGACACCCAAUGGAGAGGCUGCCAAGUCGACUGCCACUGCCUCGCAGCCCGACCCCGCAGGGAGCAGCCUACUGCGGCUGAGAGACACAGAAAGUGGUUGGGAUGACACCGCCAUGGCCAACGAUCUCUCAUCCACAUCCUCGGGCACUGACUCAAGUCCCCAGUCUCCCCUGACCCCAGAUGGUAAACGGAGCCCCAAAGGCAUCAGGAAGUUCUGGGGAAAGAUCCGAAGAACUCAGUCUGGGAACUUCAACACCGACGCCCCAGGGAUGGCGGAGUUUCGACGAGGUGGGCUCCGGGCAACUGCAGGGCCAAGGCUUUCUAGGACCAGAGACCCCAAGGGUCAGAAAUGUGACGCUGGCGCCCCCUUUGCCCAAUGGAGCACGGAGCGCGUGUGCGCGUGGCUGGAGGACUUCGGCCUGGGCCAGUACGUGAUCUUCGCCCGGCAGUGGGUGACUUCUGGCCACACUUUACUGUCAGCUACCCCUCAGGACAUGGAAAAGGAGUUGGGGAUUAAGCAGCCUCUGCACAGGAAGAAGCUGAUUUUGGCCGUGAAAGCCAUCAACACCAAGCAGGAGGAGAAGUCAGCCCUGCUGGACCACAUCUGGGUGACACGUUGGCUUGACGAUAUUGGCUUACCACAAUACAAAGACCAGUUCCAUGAGUCCAGAGUCGAUGGGCGAAUGCUACAGUACCUAACUGUGAAUGAUCUCCUCUUCUUAAAAGUCACCAGCCAACUGCAUCAUCUCAGCAUCAAAUGUGCCAUUCAUGUGCUUCACGUCAACAAGUUCAACCCCCACUGCCUGCACCGGCGGCCAGCUGAUGAGAGUAACCUUUCUCCUUCAGAAGUUGUGCAGUGGUCCAACCACAGGGUGAUGGAGUGGUUGCGAUCCGUGGACCUGGCAGAGUACGCACCCAACCUUCGUGGGAGUGGUGUCCAUGGAGGCCUCAUCAUCCUGGAGCCACGCUUCACUGGGGACACCCUAGCUAUGCUUCUCAAUAUUCCACCACAAAAGACGCUCCUCAGACGCCACCUGACCACCAAAUUCAAUGCCCUGAUUGGUCCCGAGGCUGAGCAGGAAAAGCGAGAGAAAAUGGCCUCACCAGCGUACACACCACUGACCACCACAGCCAAAGUCCGGCCAAGGAAACUAGGAUUUUCGCAUUUUGGCAACAUAAGAAAAAAGAAAUUCGAUGAGUCGACGGACUACAUUUGCCCCAUGGAGCCCACUGAUGGUGCUGGUGACAGUCAGAGGGCCUACAGUGGCUACCGGGGCCUCAGCCCCCUCGAUGGCCCUGAACUGGAUGGGCUGGACCAGGUGGGACAGAUUCGCUGAUGGCCUUGUUACCGUCCUGUCUGUGCACCCUGAGAGCUUCACCGUAACAUCGCGUGUGUCCCCACAGAGCUGCGCCUUACCCCCCGCCCUGUGCAUGCCUCACAGAGAACAUUCCGGCUGCUGUGUACCCCCGGCCAGUGUCUCUCAGAACUCUGGGGGGUGGCCAGGGUAAUGGAGUGGCACUUUUGCUAAGGGGCCAGGCUUUGGGGACUCUUGCCAAAAUGGACUCGGGAGGAAAGACACAAGGAUGAUUGUACAUUUGUAGUAACUCUUAGUGGCCAUCUUCAGCACUGGUGGAAACACAUGACCCUGGACACGGGUCCCGAAACCACGGAUGAUCCCCAGAGGCUCGGCUCUUGGGCCCCUCUUCUGGGCUUCCGGUGGGGGCCAGUGUCAAGUGCCUUAGGCCUGUGGCCACAGAGUCGCGGCUGAGACCCCAGGGACGGCAGUGACUGCAUCACUGUGUUGUGCCUUACCCACAUGGGUGGUCGCUUCUUUCUGGUAAUAAAGACAGUAUUUAUGUA